AUGGCCAUCAGGCGUAGUAACAAAAACUCUUUCAACCCAACAACGACGGAUGACCAGUCUUCAAAUCGCGCACGAAUUCCUCCUUCGGCAGGAAACAGCACUCGACGUAUGCAGGACAUGGAUUUCGACAGGAUGCUUCUGGCCAGCUCGAAUCCUAUUAGCCAAACAUCCAUCUCGCUUCCAGGGCCGUACGCUGCCUUGACCGCCAAUACCACAAUGUCUGAACCUAGCUCGGAUACCGCCUCUUCAAGUGGAAUCGAGGCCUCAGUUUCCUCUCAAGUAUCGCUUCUCUCUGUCAUUCCGGCGACAAUUUCUGGAUCUACUUCUUCUCUCAUGCGGCUUUACUUGAGCGCCCCUUCCAUGCCACAUUUGAAGUCUGAUGGGGAUGGCGGGUGCCCCUGCAUUGAGAUCAAUGGCAAUAUCAGAAAUAGUGCUAACGAGUCGGGAAAGAUGCCUUCGACUGAGGAUCACCACAAAAUGCGAUUGCAGAGACCACAGUACACUGACGGUCGCUCCUUUCAACUCUCCAGCGAGACUACUAGCUUUGCCACUCUCAACGCAUUGAAAUUGAAUCCGAACGCUGGUAUUAGAGCAGGUGGACAUCCUGAUAUGCAAGUUCCUGCAAGGAGAGGUCUCACGUUGUACGACCAGCAAUCGUCAGGUCUAAGCGACAACCAGAUUGACAACACCUCUCAGCAGGGUAGUUUCCGUGAGCAUGCGAGUAAGAUUGCAGGUGUUACACAUGUGAUUGACAGCAAGGGCAUACGAGUUAGAAAAAAAUCUGGAUUGGGGCCAUGGUUCUCGUCGCUGUCUAUGGCCAUCAUGUCCAUCGGUGGCCCUAAUCCUUCUAGAACGAAAUUAUCCUCAACCUCCUCAAUCAAGAUAAACGGAGCUAGGUCACCGACUGCGGCCCAAAGAGGCUUCUUUUCAUCCGCAGAAUGCUGCUGAUAGGUCCCAAUCAGCGCCCUUGCUAGUCGAUGCAACUAAAGUCCCUCACCAUUCGACAACCUCGACGCGAU